AUGCAUAUCAAUACUGGCGAUGGACGGGAUGUGAACAACGCCAGUCGCAGCUUUGCUUCCCUCACUCAGAAUCUUGAAAUCGCAAACGCGCUAGCGGAAGAGAUCAAUGUGCAAACUGCUCGAGAAAAACCAAACUCCGACCGCCGCGAAGACCAAAUCAUUGUUUAUCUUCUACUACGUCGGACAUGCACUCCAGAAUACCUCCAAGGAGCUUUUAUUCUACUCCGGCGGUGCUAA